UAAACAAAUUCACGUCACUUCCUUCUUCUGCUCAGCCUUUUGUUCAAGAUUUGAUUACCCAUGGCUGUUUUGUCAAGAAGGAAGAUUUCUUCUUUGGUUUUCUUUCUUCUAUUUUUAAGCUUUACAGAAGCUAAAGAAAUCUUGGUUGGUGGGAAGCCAGACGCCUGGAAGAUCCCAUCCUCUGAAUCAGAUUCUCUCAACAAAUGGGCUGAAAAUUCCCGUUUCCGUAUCGGCGACUCCCUCGUGUGGAAAUAUAAUGGUGGCAAAGACUCGGUACUGCAAGUGACUAAGGAAGCUUACACAGGCUGCAAUAUCUCAAAUCUAAUUGCAGAGUACAAGGAUGGAAACACCAAGGUGAAGCUUGACAAGUCAGGGCCAUUUUACUUCAUCAGUGGAGCCAAGGGCCACUGCGAGCAAGGCCAGAAGUUGCACGUUAUUGUGAUUUCUCAAAAGCACAGAUACACUGGAAUCUCACCGGCACCUUCUCCUGCAGAAAUUGAGGGUCCCGCCGUUGCUCCUACAAGCGGUGCUGAGGGGUUCAAGGCCAGUUUCUUGGUCACACUGGGGGUUUUGGCAUUGGGUUAUUUCUGAGAAAUAGAUAGGAUUUUGCAAAUCCAUGGGGGAUUUUUUAUUCAGGUUUUAUAUAGCUGAGAUUACUGCAGUUUUUAUACAAAUGGUUCCAUCAUUUGUUCCA